AAAUCGAUCGGAAGUGUUUUUAAAGUGCAAAUUUUAAUUGAAAAAAAAAGUGAAAAAAUGUCGAAAAAGUACGAAGUUCCAAAAGUUAAGUUGAAUAAUGGGCUUGAAAUGCCAGCUAUUGGUUUAGGAACUUAUAAAUCCCUUGAAAAUGACGCCUAUAACGCUGUAAAAGCCGCAAUCGAUCUCGGUUAUCGUCAUAUCGACACUGCUUUCUUCUACAUGAACGAAGAAGAAGUUGGUAAAGCAAUUCGUGAGAAAAUCUCUGAAGGAAUUAUCACUCGAGCUGAUAUCUUUGUCACUACUAAACUUUGGCCAACGUUUCAUGAACCCGAAUCUGUCGUAAAAGCUUGUAAACGAUCUUUAGACAACCUUGGAUUGGAAUACAUUGAUCUCUAUUUGAUCCAUUGGCCAUUCGCUUUGAAAUAUUACGCCGAUGAUUGUUACAUCCCUCGAGAUUCUGCUGGCAAUUGGGAAACUACUGAUCGUGACUACUGCGAUGUUUACAAGAAACUUGAGGAAUGCGUGAAACUCGGUUAUGUUCGAAGUAUAGGACUCUCGAACUUCAAUUCAGUUCAGAUUCAAAGAGUAUUGGACAUUGCAACUAUCAAGCCGGUUGUUAAUCAAGUUGAAUGUUCAUUACAAAUUAAUCAGAAGCCUCUUGUUAAGUUUUGUAAAGAGCGCGGAAUUGUAGUUACGGGAUAUUGUCCUUUAGCGAGACCUGAACCAGCUAAUAAGAAGCCCGCUUUCUUGUUCAAUGAUGAAGUUGCAGCAAUAGGAAAGAAGUAUGGGAAGUCAGCAGCUCAGGUAGCUUUGAGAUAUUUGGUUGAGAUUGGAGUUGUUCCAUUGCCAAAGUCGUCGAAUCCAAAGAGGAUUGAAGAAAAUUUGAAUAUUUUUGAUUUCAAGUUGGAUGAGGGAGAUUUGAAGUUGUUGGAUAAGUUUCAUACCGGAGAAAGAACUGUUUGGUUUACGGAAGCUGAGAAAUGUGUUAACUAUCCGUUUCAUCAGGAGUUCUAAAUACUUUUAAAAGUUAUAAAUUGUAUCGCAUUUGAAGCUUAUGAGAAAAAAUUUUUGAUAUUAACUUACUUACGAAUCCAAAAAGACUUACUUUAACACAUUUUGGUAUUAAAAUAAAACUUCAUGGUACUAAAUUACAUUCUUAAGAUUUUAAAUUAAUUUCUCAGAACUUUAAAAAGCUUCAGUUUUGUUCUGAGAGAUUAAUUUAAAAUUUUAAUGAAGUAAUUUUAAACCACGAGGUGUUAUUUUAAUACCAAAUGUUGUUAAAAUAACUUCUUUUUCGAUUUUUAUAGCUUUGCUUUAUCU